AUGCGAGGAGCUCUCUCCUCUCUCCGCUCACUAAGCGCCGCGAUCAGUCGCUGGCUAUGGGCGAUGGGGAUCGCCUUCUUCUCGAUCAGUUUGCAGAAUCAGGGCCUCUUCGACCACAGCGAGGGGAACGGUGCUGCGCAACGAGUACAAAGCGGCCACCGGUGGCAGAUCUACACAGCAAGACUGCACAGGGGCCAUCGAUUAAAGAUCUAA